UCCUUUGGGAACAUGAGUCGCAUUCUCCUGAUCAUUUUGAUCUCAAGUUCUUGUCAAAAUUGCCUCACAAGAGGAGCACAGGAAGCACCAAUUUUGAAAACCGUGGAAGAACAACAAAAUAAUGAUGAGAAAUUCGAUCAAGUUCAGUUUGAGAGAAGAAUUAACGAUAUAAAUGGGCUUUAUGAUGCGCUAAAAGCUAAAAUAGACAAAUUGGUUGACUAUCAUAAUGAACUGUUGAAAAAUAUUGCCGACACAGAAAACCAAAUAGCAAAGUUACAAAGGCAUGCCAGUGUAAAAAAAGCCUCCAAUCCGCAUAUGAACUUUCAGAAGAUCGGAGCCAAGUAUUACCAUAUUGAGAACAAGGAACGACUAAACUGGUACGAAGCUGUGUCCAGAUGCCGCAGCCUGAACAGUAACCUUAUUAGCCUCCAAAACCAGAAAGAGUGGGAAAUCAUUACAGCCAACUUGGUUCAUUUCAAGGCAUAUUGGGUGGACAUAAAUGACGAGGCAGCUGAAGGCGAUUACGUAUCUCGAUUCACCGGAGAGAAGGCGCCUUUCCUAAAAUGGGCCAAUGGAGAACCAACUAUCCAAGCAGGCGAAAAUUGUGUUGAGAUGGAAGAGUCAUUUGGCUUCUUUUAUUUCGUUCCCCAUUCUAUGAACGACGUACAAUGCUCAAAAAAGAACUACUUCAUAUGCGAAGCCAAUGAAGUGCAGAUGUAAGCUUCUCACACAACAAUCUUGAAAUAUGUGAAUAGAAAUUAGUAAUACGAAAUGAAUUAAAGCCAAUAAAA